AUUCUCGAGCAUCUUCUCUGUGUAUGAAGUGUUGAGUUUGUGUUUUGGUAUUUUCAUUUUCGUUUUGCUGGAUUUUUUUUUGACAAUAUUCCUUCAACCUGUUGUUUGUUUGGAUUUUAUCAUUUUUCUUUUUUUUUUGGUUUUUGCUAAUCAGCUGAUCAACAAACAAACCAAACAAAGUAAAAUGACAUUAGGUAAAUCUUGUUUACAUCCAUGUCAUGGAAACAGUAAUCGUAAUAAAAAUGAUAAGAUUAUUGUCAAACGUAUUGAUGAUACACAUGAAGAAUUACAUAUGCCUGAUAAAGGUAUUGAAUCAUUGCAUAAAAUGCCCUAUAUUUUCGAUUUGGUAAAUCUUCGAUCCAUCACACUAAGUCAUAAUAAAAUUAGAGUAUUAUCACCUGAAAUUGAUAAACUAUACAAUUUAGAAUCAUUAAAUCUAUUCAAUAAUUAUAUUUCUGAAUUACCAAUUACAAUUUGUAAUUUGGAAAAAUUAAAAUGUUUAAAUAUUGGUAUGAAUAAUCUUCAUACAAUACCGAAUGGUAUUGAACGUUUGCAACAAUUGGAAAUAUUGGAUUUAUCGUAUAAUUUUCUUACCGAACAUUCAUUUUCAACAGAAUUUUUUACUUUAGAAAAUUUACGUGCAUUAUAUCUAUCGGAUAAUGAUAUGGAAAUAUUAUCUGGAGAAAUUGGAAAUUUAAAAAAUUUACAAAUUCUUGCUAUUCGAGAUAAUCAUCUGAUAUCAAUACCGGAAGAAUUGAUUCUUCUUCAACGCUUACGUGAAUUACUUAUUCAAAAUAAUCGAAUAAAAAUGCUUCCACCCGAAUUGGGUAAUAUGGAUUUUAAUUCACCACGUUGCCAAAUACGAAUGGAAGGAAAUCCAUUCGAACCGGAUUUAAGUGAUCAAUUACAAUUAGGUGUAUCACAUGUUUUGGAUUAUAUUCGUAGUGAUAUUUAUCGAUCACGUUAUUCACGAUACACAAUGAAUCCCGGUUCACCACCACCAAAAAAUGAAGAACGUUAUCAACGUAAACUUUUACGUUUGAAAGGAAAAUGAAUUGAUGAAUGAGGAAUGGAAUUUCGGUUCGAAAAUUCAAUCAAAAAUCCAAAAAGAUUUGCCAAAACAACCAGCCAGUCAGCCACAACAAGUGCCAUAAAUAAUCCUUUUUUUUGCAGCUAAAUAAUCAAACAAAAAUAUUACUCUUUGCAAUAUUAGAUUAUCAAUCGAUUAAAUACUUGUUUUUUUCUUUG